CAGAGAGUCCCACGGACUGGCUGGGUGUACAGAAAUGUUGAGAGGCCAGAGAGCGUAUCAGAUCACAUGUACAGGAUGGCAGUUAUGGCGCUGGUGACCAAAGAUGAUCAUCUGAACAAAGACAGAUGUGUGCGCCUAGCCCUGGUUCACGAUAUGGCAGAGUGCAUCGUUGGGGACAUAGCACCAGCAGAUAACAUCCCCAAAGAAGAAAAACAUAGGCGAGAAGAGGAAGCUAUGAAACGGCUAACCCAGCUUCUCUCAAAGGAUCUCGGAAAGGAGCUCUAUGAACUCUGGGAAGAGUAUGAGACCCAGUCCAGCGCGGAGGCCAAGUUUGUGAAGCAGCUGGACCAGUGUGAGAUGAUUCUGCAGGCAUCCGAGUAUGAAGACCUGGAGAACAAACCGGGGAGACUGCAGGACUUCUAUGACUCCACAGCAGGAAAAUUCCAUCACCCGGAGAUAGUCCAGCUGGUUUCUGAACUCGAGGCAGAAAGAAAUGCUAACAUUGCUGCUGCUGCUGCCACCGCCGGCGAGGCGCACUCCUGAGAAGUUCUCUAUGUAGUUGCAGUCCUGUAACCAACGUUUUAUUUUCCCACUGAAUGUAUUGUGUUUGCCACUGUUGGUCUGUUAAUUUCCCCAGACGUGAGUCUGUUUAUUUUCAAUUGCCUGGACUCCAGCAAGAAACACGAUACAAUCUGGGCCAUAAAAGAGGCCGCGGAAAAGGAUGUGGUCGUGAAAAUGCAUGGAUGAGGACUUGGCGGGGAGUGCGGGGGGAGGUGUCUUUUUAUGAACUAAAUAAAUACAUUUUAAAACCCUAAA